AUGCGUUUUUUGGCCACUUGUCUGUUAGUUGCCGGUUCAACUGGGCUUGCCCAAGCUGCUCGUGUUGUCCUUGACUGGAACAUCACAUAUACUACUGCAAAUCCUGAUAAUCUCUUUGAACGUCAAGUUGUAGGCGUCAAUGGAAAAUGGCCUCCCCCUACCAUUGAGGCUACUGAAGGUGAUACUUUGGUUAUCAAUGUCGACAAUCAAUUAGAUACAUUCACUGCUCUUCACACUCAUGGUAUGUUCCAAAACGGAACAGGCUGGAUGGAUGGCGCUGUUGGUGUUACUCAAUGUGCCAUUCCUGCUGGUCAUCAACUUACUUAUGAAUUUCAACUCACACAACACGGCUCUUACUGGAUUCAUUCUCAUUAUAUGGGUCAAUAUUUGGACGGUCUUCGUGCUCCCGUUAUCAUUCAUGCAAAGAACGAAACUUAUCAGUACGACUACGAUGUUACAAUUCCCUUACAAGAUUGGUAUCACGCUUCUAGCACAGAAGGCCUCAAGGUUUUCAUGAGUGAAUGGAAUCCCACUGGUGCUGAACCUGUUCCUCAAUCUGGCUUCAUGUUCAAUAGCGUCAAUGAUAGUCUUAGCUUUGUUCCUGGUAAAACCUACCGUCUUCGCCUCAUCAACAUGUCUGGUUUCUCUAUGUUCUACUUUAGUAUUGAUGGCCAUCAACUCGAAGUUAUUGAAAUCGAUGGUAUUGUUACUAAGCGUGCUCCUGUACAAAGUGUCUACUUGACUGCCGCUCAACGUGUUUCUGUCCUUGUUACCGCAAAGAACACCACUGAUUCCAACUACUACAUCCACGCUGACUUGAACAGUGAGAUGUACGAUGUUAUCCCUGAUGACCUUAUUCUCAAUAUUACCGCCCCUCUUUGGUACAACAACCAAUCCACAACUUUUGCACCUAGCGAAGAUGUUGGCAUGGGUAGUACCUUUGAUGAUAUGGUCCUUGUUCCUGCUGUUGUUGAAGCUGCUGUCCCCUUUGACAAGCAAGUAAACCUCACAUUUGAUUUCCAAGUUACUACUGACGGUCUCAAUCGUGGUAUGUUCAAUGAAAUUCCCUAUCUUUCUCCCAAGGUUCCUUCUCUCUACACCACAUUGAGUGAGGGCAAUUAUUCUCUCAGUGAAGAAGUGUAUGGUCCUCAAACUAUGGCUUUUGUCUUGAACCAUCUGGAUAUGGUUGAAAUCGUCGUCAACAAUCUCGAUGCUGGCCACCAUCCUUUCCAUCUUCACGGACAUGUCUUCCAAAUGGUGGGUCGCGGUAAUGGUGUCUAUGAUGGCAAUGCUAGCAAUGUUGAAUGGUUCUUGGAUAACCCAUCUCGUCGUGAUACUAUCCUCGUUCCUUCCGAAACUUUUGUAUUGAUCCGUUUCAGAGCUGACAAUCCUGGAGCUUGGUUCUUCCAUUGUCACGUUGAAUGGCAUUUGGAAUCUGGUUUGGCUGCCGUCAUGAUUGAAGCUCCCGAUGUCGCUCAACAACGCUUGACCUUACCCCAAGCCUUCAAGGACGUCUGUACUGCUGGUGGUCAUGCUUACGAAGGUAACGCUGCUGCUAAAUCUGCUCUUGACCUUAGUGGUGCUCCCAGUGGUAUUACCUUAAUUCCUGACGGCUUCACCGCCAAGGGUAAGGGUGCCAUGGCUGGUUGUAUUAUUGCUGCCUUGCUCGGUAUUGCCGCUAUCAUCACCUACUCCGGAGCUGAUCCUCUCAAGGAAGGCCGUGCUAUCGCUGCUGCAAGGAACGAAAAGUUGUAA